CUGUGUUUUCCCUCACUCGUACGCUCGCGGUACCCCAAAAGCGCACACUGCAGAUUAAGCUUCCAGUAUUAAAGAGCCAUCUCCCUGUCGGUGGUAACCGGAGUUGUGAAGGGAUAGUAUUUUAACGAGUAGCUUCGGUUUAAGACUAGGAUAGUGCUUAAAGAAAGGGAAAAGGAGAAAACGCAAAUAAAUUCAUACCAGCGCCCUCGCAGCACCUCACGGAUGUAGGACAGUGCGCUCGUCGGUAUAUUAUGCAAUCAAUCGAACCGUGGGUGCGCUUAUUAGUGGUGGCAAGUUCAACGGUGGCAGCACACACCGAGGGUUCACCGUAGAAAAACAGCGCCGUGGGAGCGAGAGAAAGCAGAAGUAAAACGUGCCCCACCACGCCAGCCGUCCUCUGGUUUGAUCCGUGCCGUAGUUGGUUUUCCCUGUACGCUCUCGAAUACACAAGGGCUAGGGCACGUACGGCAGAGGAAAAAAAGGAAACACAAAAAAAAAAAAAACAAGCGAGCCCACUAAAUCUGGUACGGUCACGUUGCAACUGGGCAACGUUUAUGCAGGGCAUUGCAGCACGCCACGGAAGGGUUUGCGACCGGCUUGGGGCUUAAUCGAUCGAACCUGAGGGACCUGCCUUGCAAUGGUCACGGAAAAUGGAACACAGUCUGAUGGAAACACAUCGUUCCUGCGUGCCGCUAGGGCAGGCAACUUGGAGAAAGUACUGGAACAUCUAAAAAACAACAUUGAUAUUAAUACUUGCAAUGCGAAUGGCUUGAAUGCACUGCAUCUGGCGUCGAAGGAUGGCCAUGUCGCGGUCGUGUCGGAGUUGCUGGCCCGUGGAGCCACGGUCGAUGCGGCCACGAAGAAGGGCAACACCGCGCUGCAUAUUGCGUCGCUGGCCGGCCAGGAAGACGUGGUGAAGUUGCUAAUCAAGCACGGAGCCUCGGUGAACGUGCAGUCGCAGAAUGGGUUCACGCCGCUGUACAUGGCGGCCCAGGAGAACCACGACUCGGUGGUGCGACUGCUGCUGUCGACUGGCGCGAACCAAAGCCUGGCCACCGAGGAUGGCUUUACUCCGCUGGCCGUGGCUAUGCAGCAGGGCCACGAUAAGGUCGUGGCGGUGCUGCUCGAGAGCGACACGCGUGGCAAGGUGCGCCUACCGGCCCUGCACAUUGCCGCCAAGAAAGAUGACGUGAAGGCGGCGACGCUGCUGCUAGAGAAUGACCAUAAUCCGGACGUGACGUCCAAGUCGGGCUUCACGCCGCUGCACAUCGCUUCGCACUACGGCAACGAGGCCAUGGCCAACCUGCUCAUCCAGAAGGGGGCCGACGUGAACUACGCCGCCAAGCACAACAUCAGCCCGCUGCAUGUGGCCGCCAAGUGGGGUAAGACUAAUAUGGUGGCGCUGCUGCUGGAGAAGGGCGCCAACAUCGAGAGCAAGACGCGCGAUGGCCUCACGCCGCUUCACUGCGCCGCUCGCUCAGGUCACGAGCAGGUCGUCGAUAUGCUGCUCGAGCGAGGCGCCCCCAUCAGCUCGAAGACGAAGAAUGGGUUGGCCCCGCUGCAUAUGGCCGCACAGGGCGAGCACGUGGACGCCGCUCGUAUCCUGCUCUACCAUCGCGCUCCAGUCGACGAGGUGACCGUCGACUACCUGACGGCGCUCCACGUGGCCGCCCACUGUGGUCACGUGCGCGUCGCGAAGCUGCUUCUCGAUCGUAAUGCGGACGCGAACGCCCGUGCCCUGAACGGGUUCACGCCGCUGCACAUCGCCUGCAAGAAGAAUCGCAUCAAGGUGGUGGAGCUGCUGCUGAAGCACGGCGCCAGCAUCAGCGCCACGACCGAGAGUGGCCUGACGCCGCUCCACGUGGCCUCGUUCAUGGGGUGCAUGAACAUCGUCAUCUAUCUGCUGCAGCACGACGCCAGCCCGGACGUGCCGACUGUGCGCGGCGAAACGCCUCUGCAUCUUGCGGCCAGAGCCAAUCAGACCGACAUCAUACGCAUUCUGCUACGCAACGGUGCGCAGGUUGAUGCCCGCGCCCGUGAACAGCAAACGCCGCUGCACAUCGCGUCGCGCCUCGGCAACGUCGACAUCGUCAUGCUGCUGCUGCAGCACGGUGCGCAGGUUGACGCGGUCACGAAGGACAUGUACACCGCCCUGCACAUCGCCGCCAAGGAGGGCCAGGAUGAGGUCGCUGCUGUUUUGCUGGACAACGGGGCGCAGAUCGAUGCGACCACCAAGAAGGGCUUCACGCCGCUGCACCUGACCGCCAAGUACGGCCACAUGAAGGUGGCCGAGCUGCUGCUGGAGAAGAAUGCACCGGUUGACGCACAGGGAAAGAACGGCGUUACCCCGCUGCAUGUUGCCAGCCACUACGAUCAUCAGAACGUGGCGAUGCUGCUGCUAGAGAAGGGCGCUAGCCCGCACGCGACGGCCAAGAACGGCCAUACGCCGCUGCAUAUCGCGGCGCGCAAGAACCAGAUGGAUAUCGCCAACACGCUGCUACGGUACGAGGCUCAGGCGAAUGCGGAGAGUAAGGCCGGUUUCACGCCGUUGCAUCUGAGCGCCCAGGAGGGCCAUACCGAGAUGUCGGGACUGCUGCUGGAGCAUAAGGCAGAUCCGGAUCAUCAGGCUCGCAAUGGGCUUACGCCGAUGCACUUGUGCGCACAGGAGGAUCGCGUCAGCGUGGCGCAGGUUCUUGUGAAGCACGGUGCUAACACGCAGGCCGCCACGAAGGCCGGCUAUACGCCGCUGCACGUUGCGUCGCACUUUGGACAGGCCAACAUGGUACGCUAUCUGAUCGAGCAGCAGGUCGAUGUCAACGCUUCCACCGGCAUCGGCUACACUCCGCUCCACCAAGCUUCGCAGCAAGGACACUGCCACAUUGUUAACAUACUGCUGGAGAACCAAGCUGAUCCAAAUGCUAUUACUAAUAAUGGACAAACAUCGCUGAAGAUUGCCCAAAAGCUAGGGUACAUCAGCGUGCUCGAUUCGCUGAAAUCCGUCACGGAUUCCAAGAGUACUCCCGAGCAACCGCCAUCGGAGGAGAAGUAUCGCGUCGUCGCACCGGAGGCGAUGCACGAAACGUUUAUGUCCGAUUCCGAAGAGGAAGGAGGUGAAGACACCGUCCUGUCGGACCAACCGUAUCGUUAUCUAACGGUGGACGAGAUGAAAUCGCUCGGCGAUGACUCGCUGCCGAUCGAUGUGACUCGCGACGAGCGGAUGGACUCGAACAAGAUGGUGCAGAGCGGUGACUCGCACCAGUUCCCGCCGACCGCGCUGGAAGAUUCGAUCAGUCCGCAGCACGCAUCGAUGGUGCAGUCCGGCAUCUCGGCCGCCGACUUUACCGACAACAUCAACAUCGAGCGUCACUCGCACGUGGGGUAGGUUCGAAAGCUUCACUGGAAGAACUUCCUGGUGUCCUUCCUGGUAGAUGCUCGUGGUGGAGCCAUGCGAGGCUGCCGCCACAGUGGAGUACGCAUCAUCGUACCGGCCCGGUCGGCCGCACAGCCGACGCGCAUCACCUGCCGCUACGUGAAGCCGCAGCGCACGAUGCAUCCGCCGCCGCUGAUGGAGGGCGAGGCGCUAGCCAGCCGGGUGCUGGAGCUGGGCCCGGUCGGUGCGAAGUUCCUCGGACCAGUCAUCAUGGAGGUGCCCCACUUUGCGUCGCUGCGGGGUAAAGAGCGCGAGAUCGUCAUCUUGCGCUCGGACAACGGUGAAACCUGGCGCGAACACAACAUCGAUAUGUCGGACGAGAUCAUCCACGAUGUUCUGAACGACUGUUUCGAGCCGGAAGAUCUGGCGCAGCUGGACGAAUUAGGCGGUGGCCGCAUCUGCCGCUUCGUGACGUAUGACUUCCCGCAGUACUUUGCGGUCAUUUCACGCAUCCGUCAGGAGGUGCACGCCAUCGGACCCGAGGGUGGCAUGGUGUCGAGCACGGUCGUGCCGCAGGUGCAGGCCGUCUUCCCACAGGGAGCGCUCACCAAAAAGAUCAAAGUGGGCCUGCAGGUAAAUCUGUUCAAACCACGCAAGGGUGUGGCGCCGGAGAAGUUGCGCAAGAUAAGCGUCAACCAUGUGCCGAAGAAGAAACGUUUCUCGCUGAUCUGGUAA